UUUUCCUGUUGUCAACUCUUCAUCCUUCAUAUUGUAAUGUGCUUAAAUCCCAUAUAAAAGAAGAUAAAGAAGACUACACUUCCAGUUGUGAAAUAUAGAAAUGGAGAAGGAGGAGAAAGCUAUUCUAUCUGAUGAGUCUCCUGAAGUCAUCAACUAUAGAGGAGUUAAAGCCAUGCCCUUCAUCAUUGGAAAUGAGACCUUUGAGAAGCUUGGGACUAUUGGGACUUCAUCCAACCUCAUGGUGUAUCUCACAUCUGUCUUCAACAUAAAGAGUGUGACUGCUGCAACUCUCAUCAACAUCUUCAAUGGCACCACCAACAUGGCACCCUUGCUUGGAGCCUUCUUGUCUGACUCUUACUUUGGACGUUUCAAGACUUUGGCUUUGGCUUCCAUUUGCUCCCUUUCGGGGAUGACUGUAAUAAUGCUAACAGCAGCCAUCUCCAAACUGCACCCUCCUCAUUGUGGAACAAAAGAGACUGAGCUCUGCAGAGGACCAACCACUUCACAGUUGGCCUUCUUGCUAACUGGUUUUGGCCUCCUAAUAAUCGGAGCAGGCGGCAUUAGGCCAUGUAACCUUGCCUUUGGAGCAGAUCAGUUCAAUCCAGCAACUGAAUCUGGCAAGAGGGGUAUCAACAGCUUCUUUAAUUGGUACUAUUUUACCUUCACAUUUGCUGUGAUGAUAUCGGGAACAUUCAUUGUCUAUGUGCAAUCUAACGUGAGCUGGGCUCUAGGGUUGGGCAUUCCUUCAUGCCUCAUGUUCGUUUCUUGUGUACUUUUCUUUGCGGGUUCUAGAAUUUACGUCAAAGUAAAACCCCGGGGGAGUCCCUUAACUGGUGUGGCACAAGUACUGGUGGCUGCUUCCAAGAAGCGAUACUUCAAGCUACCUGAUCACCCAGAACUUAGCCUUUUCAGCCAUGUUCCCACAAAUUAUAUGAACUCCAAGCUUCCUCACACAGAUCAAUUCAGGUUCCUCGACAAGUCUGCAAUAAUAACCAUGGAAGACCAAAUCAACACUGAUGGAUCUGCUUCCAACCCUUGGAGACUUUGCAGUAUGCAACAAGUUGAAGAAGUAAAAUGCUUAAUGAGAGUGAUCCCCAUAUGGGCAUCAUCCAUUAUCUACCAUGUUGCAAUAGUCCAACAGCACACCUAUGCAGUCCUCCAAGCUCUUCAAUCAGAUAGGCAUCUUGGCAGUUUUGAGGUGCCUGCAGCCUCUUACAGCAUCUUCUCCAUGCUAAGCCUUACCAUCUGGAUCCCCAUCUACGACCGGAUCGUGAUCCCAUUCCUUCAUAAGCUCACUGGCAAAGAAGAUGGAAUAACACUUCUCCAAAGAAUGGGCACUGGAAUUGUCCUCUCAGUCGCCACCAUGCUUGUUUCUGCAGUAAUCGAAGAGCAGCGAAGAACUUUUGCACGUACAAGGCCAACCAUAGGCACUGCACCAAAGGGGGGCGCUAUAUCAUCCAUGUCCGCCUCCUGGUUGAUCCCCCAGCUCAUACUCGCUGGACUCUCCGAGGCCUUUAACUCAAUAGGCCAGAUUGAAUUCUACUACAAGCAGUUCCCAGAAAAUAUGAGAAGCAUUGCAGGGUCUUUCUUCUUCUGUGGCAUAGCUGGUUCUAAUUACCUAAGUGGCUUUCUAGUUUCAGUUGUUCAUCAGAUCACCCUAAACGGAGCCCGAGGCGGUGACUGGCUGCCUGAGGAUCUCAACAAAGGGAAGUUGGAUUGCUUCUAUUACAUGAUUGCAGCUCUGGGUGCUGUGAAUUUUGCGUAUUUUCUGGUGUGUUCAAAGUGGUAUAGGUACAAAGGUGGUGACAGGGUUGAGGUUGCCAUGGAAACAAAGGGGUCCAGGAAGCAUGUGGUUUGAUGGUAGUGGGAUUUGUAUGGGAUUGAGUUAGGAAAUUGCUUGAUGCCUUGCUUAUACUACCAUAUACCAAGGUUGAGAAAGUGCAAUGUUUUACAACUAUUAAUAGCUAAGCUUCCUUUUCUGUUUCAAGAACUGUGAGCAGUGCUAUAUGUUUUUAUAAAGGUUAAUCUUCUGAACUAAUUUAAAGUAAAAAAGUUGUUACUUGUAACCCUAAAAUACCUCAAAUUAAGUAACUUAAUACUAUUAAGAGAAGAAAGAUCCUACAAGGAUUAUGUCUUCAUUUUUA